AUGUCUCUCAAAGACAAUCGCUUGACUAAUGCUUUCAAAGUUGAGGUCCAACUGGCUGGAAUUGACCAAGAUCUUACUUCCAUUGGAGCUACUCUUCACUACCAGAUGGCAUACAGACUCCAAGAUCACGCUUUUGAUCUUUCCUUGCCAACAGCUGAAGAAGCAUUACUGGUCUUGAUAGACUCUACCCAAGUUCUCAUAUGCACUCAUAUUCCAAGGCAAAUCUCUACAGAUGAUCUUAUGAAGAUUUUGCCCAGUUCAUGGAUAACAAACUAUGAGAUGCUCCAUCAACCUCAAAAAUUUGUCCAGACUCUUACUGAACCAUCUUAUCACAAGAAAGAAGAUGACUCUUUCAAAAUAGUCUUUGACAUAACUCAAACAAAGACUCCCAGUUGCUUUACCACCCAGUACAUGAUGACUUAUGUCACACCAACUGAUGUGGAAAUCCAAUCCUUUGAUUCUCAAGUCAAAUAUUCGACUCCCAAAGACUUACCUGACUCUCCUCCAGAACCAACUGGAUGGGACAUUGAGCUUCCUCCAGCAGACUCCCAAGAGCCUCCGCUUUCGGCUCCUCAACAGAACAUUUUGCCAUGCUACAAAAAAGCAACAAAAUGGAUGCGACAUCAUGGAGAAGUUUUUCCUGCUCAAAAUCAGUUCCAACAAAUUCCACAAGUAUGUAUGAUGACUACUCCUGCUAAUGAGUCAGAUUUUCCUUCUCUCAAGAAAUUUAAUAAACAAGACGACCAAGAAGACAAAAAAGGGAAAGAAGAAGAAUCACCAAGCCAGCCGACAGACGAACUUAAGCAACUUAGGGUUCAUCCAGCCACAAAUCCUCUGUCACAGAUGAUUCAACAUACGAGCACUCUCCACAUUGCAAAAAAAGAAACGGAUUCAGAUGAUCAAAACACUUCGGCUAGUUCAGAAGAUUCUUCAGAUGACUGGUCUAAAGAAAUGAGUUCAACUUCUAAUGAUACUAUACCUAGUAAUCCUGAAAGUCUAUCCAGUGAAAACUUAUCCAGCGAUGACGAUGGAGCAGUUCCACAUUUGAUGGUUCAACCUGUUGAAUCAAACUCAUAA